AUGCCUAUUGUCGGUUUUACAAUUAAGGAGAUUCUUGACUUUCCAGAUUCACCACCUCCGGUUCGUGUGUCUUCUAACUUGGAAAGGGAGAUUGUUAUAAACGCCAACUCCACAACUCCAGCAAGAGAAAGAGCACGGCCUGGCGGUGACAAGUAUUCAGUGAGGAAACAGUCGUCUCAAACGGACAGUGGGUUUGAAACGGCAAGCUCCGCAAUUCAAGAAGGUCAAUCGCCAGACAGUGAAGAAAACACGUCGCCAAUUGUUGGGGGUCGUCACAUUGAUUCAACGCCCACGUCAUCUCGAGAGAGGUCCCUGAAUAGAGCACCAAUUUCUUCUUCCACACCUCUCAACAAUGCUAAUGCACAACAUCUCUCCGAGGCUGUUGAGGCUCCGGUGUCAAGUGUACUUAGAGGGGGAAGAGGGAAUUCGAAUAGGAAAGUGCACGAGUGUACCUACUGCCAAAAACGAUUUGAUAGGCCAUCUCUUCUCAUUAGACAUGUACGCAUUCACACUGGCGAGAGACCAUUCGCGUGCUCACAUUGCAGUAGUCGCUUCACCACCAAGGGUGCAUUGGUGGACCACGAACGCAUACACACUAAGGAGAGACCGUACACAUGUGAAUACUGUGGCAAGACAUUCCAUGCUGCUUCCAACUGCUGCAAUCACGUACUCAAUCAUACAUGCACCGAGUGUGGAGAAGGUUUCUUGACACCGGGUCAUCUCCGACGCCACAUGUACAGUCACAAUGGCAACUUCCCCUUUGUUUGUCAAGUUUGUCACAGAGGCUACCCCACCGAGUCUCGAUUGAGGAGUCAUGAGUAUGUUCACACCGAGAAGCCCUACAAAUGUCACUCUUGCCCAAGUGCCUUCACUACCAAGGCCUCACUUAAGGUUCACAUCAGACGCAAACAUGGUGAGUUUCCCAUGCAUUCGAGCAUUUCCCAACACUCUGAAGGCAGAGAAGGCGAGUCCUCCAAUACCCCACCUACCUCGAUGCGUGUGCUCCGACCAAGUGAACCAAGUCCACCACACGCCAACUUCAGAACAGAUGACCCCACUGAUGGCACCAACACCAACCAACCUCCAAUCCAAAUGGCUCCGUUUACCCACUCGCACAUCAACUCACCCACUGCGUCUCCACCUCAAAUCGCCUCUCAGCCUAUUCCCUCUCAAGAAGACGAAGAAGAAGAAAAAAAUUGA